AUGCCUCCACCUCCCAUACCAUCUUCUUCUAGUGCUCACCCUUCCGCUUCUACCAGUAUCCACUCUUCCAGAACCCGCUCUUCUGGAGAACUCCACCUCCAUGAGCUUUCUAUGGCCACUGAUGAAAUUUCUGCCGGUAUGGUGGUCCCCUGUAUGGCCUGUCUUCCCACCACGCCUACUGCUCUUUCCACAGUUCCCUCUACAAGCCCACCUUCAGCAUUGACAAGCGCCAGCCCGCAUUCCCUGCAUUCAGUGCUGACGAGCGCCAGCCGGGGCAAGUGCAAGGCGAGUGUGCUCGGUUCUGAUGUCGACGCACCAUCAGGAAAGCGCUGUCGCCCGCCAUCUGCAACUGCCAAAGCCCAGCAGGAGGGUACCACAGCGAUGACAUUGCUUGCCAGCGCGGUGGCCUCCAUGAGCAAGAGCCUUGCUGCACCCCCUGUUAUUGCGGCCCCUCCCGUCCCUCCUGUCUCUGACUUCGCAUGUGCCAUUGAAGUCCUCAGUGAGGCCAUGUACCUGUUAGAUGACGACAAGUUGGACAUGACACAGUUGUUCAUGAAGGACAAGGAUGAGGCCACUGUGUUUUUGUAUCUGAAGGGCGAUCAUCUGAAGGCCAAUUGGGUGCAGAGGAAGCUGGCUGGGAUGCGCACCACAAAUAUUGAUUAA